GGGGGGCGUUGCAUUUUGCAUAGGCUUGCGUUUGUGGCAGGAGCGAGCCUUUCCUCCUGCAACCGGGGUGGGGGGGAGGUUGGUCGGUUUGGAGAGGGAGGGGGGCCCGGCAGGCUCGGGGAAAGGCUUGCGGGGGGGGGCGCUGAAGAGACCCGGCGUGGCAUGGCCGUGGCUCGGACUGGACCCUUUCUCCACCCCUCCGGUCUCCUCGCCGAAGCGAUCCGCGGAGCCCCCAUCGAUGGCGACGGAAAGGUAAUGUUGCCUGUUGCCCCAGGGCGAACUCCCCCUGUUGGUAGCUGAGUGAUCCCCCGCUGGUUCUUCCUUCAGCAUCUCUACCAGCUACGUUCUAUUGAUGGCCUGUUGUGAUUUCAAUGGAACAUCCUGGGAGGGACCUGGCACGGCGGGCACCAAUGGAAGGAGGUGCCUUUUAGCCCAAUGUACCUGGCAUGGUAAUAAAGUAAACGGGGAAAGGAAGAGAAGGUGGAGAUGGAACUGCCAAAUCAUGCCAAACAACUGCUGCUGCAACUAAACCAGCAACGAGCCAAAGGUUUCCUCUGUGAUGUGAUCAUUGUCGUCGAAAAUGCCCUCUUCCGCGCCCACAAGAAUAUCCUCGCAGCCAGCAGCAUGUACUUCAAAUCCCUCGUCCUGCACGACAACCUGAUCAACCUAGAUACCGACAUGGUCAACCCCACAGUGUUCCGGCAAAUCUUGGACUUUAUUUAUACUGGGAAGCUCUUAAUGACCGACCAGCCUGGUGAACAGAACUUCAAUGCUCUCCUCACGGCCGCAAGCUACCUCCAGCUACCCGACCUAGCUGCCCUCUGCAGAAAGAAGCUGAAACGCAAUGGGAGGUCCUUCGCUGGCAGGGCCGGCGGAGUCCCCAGCGUCGGGAGACCCCCUCGGAGUCAGAGACUUUCCACUGCUUCAGUCAUCACUCGUUAUUCAGGGUCAGCCGAGGGGCUGAAGGGCUCUCACUUGAAGGAGAUGCCAAAGGGGAAGAUCUCGGACGACGAGGUCUUCAUCAGCAGCUCCAACCAAGAGAACUCGCAUGCCUUGAGUAGGGGGAUCAGCAAGAACGGCGGAGACGGGAGCAGCAGCAGUGCGAACGGGAGCAGCGGAGACCAGGAGCUGGGCCUCGACCUGUCCAAGAAAAGCCCCUCGCUUCCCCCAGCACCAUUCCAGGACGACACGCCGCACGGCGAAAGCCAGCGUGGUUCCCCCCGACCUGCCUCAGCCCCUGCAGCCAACAGUGCCUCAUCGUUUGACGAGUCCGGAGCCGCACCCAACCUCCCUGACAACUGCGAACCGAUGGAAAUGGACUUGAGCGAAGACCGCCAGUCCCUCCCGGAAGGCAGCCAGAGGAAAAGCCUGCGCCAUUCGUCACGCAAGAAGGAGUGGCUCAAGAAAGACGGCGCCUUCGACAGGAAGGAGGGCAGCGGUGGCGGCAAAGGCAGCGAGGAGAGCGAGGGACUGCCCAACGGUAUCCUGAUGGGCCCCUUGUGCAAGUCGGCGGAGCGGAGCCUCGGCCUGGGCGCCUAUGGGUCGGAGCUGCCGUUCACCUGCAAAGAGGAUGUCGAGAACGGGAAGGAGAACAGCGACGACAGCGGGCAGAGCGAGAGCGAGAGUGGCGGGCACACUAGCGCCAACUACGUCUACCGGCAGGAAGGCUACGAGCCGGUGGCCUUUGGGGACAACCUUUAUGUCUGCAUCCCGUGCGGGAAGGGCUUCCCCAGUUCCGAGCAGCUGAACGCCCACGUGGAGAAACACACCGAGGAAGACCUGUACAUCAAGGAGGAAGGGACGUACGACGACAAAGAGGAGGAAGCGGAGGAUCUGUCCAACCCCAACCAGCCCUACACCACGGAGUCGCGGCCCUUCAAGUGCUCUGUUUGCGAGAAGAGCUACAAAGACCCGGCCACCCUCCGGCAGCACGAGAAGACUCACUGGCUGACACGGCCUUUCCCAUGCAAUAUCUGCGGCAAGAUGUUCACGCAGCGGGGCACCAUGACGCGUCACAUGCGCAGCCACUUGGGCCUCAAGCCCUUUGCUUGCGAGGAGUGCGGGAUGCGCUUUACCCGGCAGUACCGACUGACAGAGCAUAUGCGCGUCCACUCAGGGGAAAAGCCCUACGAAUGUCAGCUGUGUGGCGGGAAGUUCACCCAGCAGCGCAAUCUCAUCAGCCACCUACGAAUGCAUACCUCUCCUACAUAAAGCCAAAGACUCUGCAAUGAGCUCUGAGCCCACCCGCCAUAAACAUAUACCUUUCCCUAGACUUGCUGCUUUAAAAAAAGAAAGAAAGAAACAAAUAAGGGCCAUUUCCGUCCCUGUUCAGUCAUGGGGGGGCCUCAAACAAGCAGAGCUUUAUUUCUUUCUCUUCCCCGUCGUGUCCCCCCCCCCCAAAAAAACCUCCAAAUAUACAAAGAAAAGCCAGCCCACAAUGAAGCUGCUGUCUCUCCAUUUACGUUUUUCUCCCCCAUGCCACCCACCCACCCCUCUUUUUUUUCUUUAUUUCUUUGCCUUUUAGGUCAAGAAAUGCCACUACUCUGCUUAAGAUUGUGGGGACAUCUAGCUUAACUAUAAGCCCAGGUGUGGAGAGAAAAGGGGGGGGGUUGAGGUGCAAGAAAUUCCUUCCCGACUGAUGCUAAUUGGAAAUGACGGCCCAAAGGGGCCGAUCCUUGCGAUUGGGGUGGGGAGGAAAGACAGGCCAUAAGCUGCUUCGCAUCCCCUCACUUUCCUUUCUUAGCACUUUGGAAUUUCCGUUUCUAAAACUUGACCCAAGUAUUAUUCCCCUCCCCCCCCCAAAAAAAAUGCUGAUGGAUGUUGCGCACAGACUUUUCCGGUUCCUGUGGCUGUUUUUCCUAGCCAUGGGCCUUAAUUUCCGCCCACCCACCCCCUGCUCUCCUAACCAUUGACAUUGGUUGUUGCCCCUAAAAGCUACCGGUGGGGAGCAUUUCUUGCCACAGAGUCCAAUUUGUUUUGUUGUUAUUAUUAUCGUUAUUUGUUUUCUUUUCUCAGAAAACGCCUCAGAAUUUCUUUGAUUGGCCACAGUUGAGGAAAAAUUUGUUGGUGGCCCAGUCAGUUGGCCGCCUCUCACAUGGGGGAGAGUCUUAAUGAAUCCUCAAUAGUUUUUGCAUGCUUUCAGUCUAUGAAAGGUGGCACGUUCCCCCCCCCCCGUUAUUUUUCAGCGAUGCGAGUUCGGCCUACUUCGCCGUUGCACACCAAACAUGUACCUCUUCACCUCCAUGUUUUCGUCCUAUACCUUACUUAAAUUUACUUCAACCUUAUCCAUGACUGAAUGGGAGUCGGGUGCCCCUGGGGAAUUUACUUCAGCUGAGCAGGGGGGGUCGUCUUUUAUGUUUCUCCCCCCCACCCCCCAAAAAACCAAUCGUUCGUAUGAAUAUUCUUUGCUUAGAGGUACUUGUUUUAUUAAGAAGAAAAAAGAAAAUUGUUAAAACAUUUAUGUAAUUGUUGGAACUGGAAGGUUUUGAGGUAACUCUUAACAUAAGAGCGGGCGCAGGGAGUGGGUUUGAUAAUAGGCUGGAAUUGCUACAAGUUCCUUUAGGUACAUCUUUAUUUUGUGUGUGUGUGUGUGCGUGUGUGCGUGUUUAGCUUUUUUCUCCCUCACUAAAGAACGGGUUCGGCCCGUUCCCUUUGCUACCUCUUGAACUCAUGAGAACAAUAAGAUGGUUAGUGAAAUAUUAGGUGUGGCGUUUUGUCCCCCUGCCCCUCUUCCUCCCCCCCCCCAUCCCACCCCUUGUAAGUAAGUGUACAAAGUAGAAACUAAAUUAAAACUUUUAAGGGAUUUUUUGCCACCUCGUCCUACCCCUCAAGAAGUCCAUUUAAAAUGAGCAUUUUGAAGCAAACCUUGGCCAAAGACAAUAGGUAGAUUGCAAGCCAGAAGCCCGAGUGAAUAGUGCUGUAGGGGGGCGCUGGCUUUUCACCAAAAUUACUGAUUUUUCUGUCCGUGAGGAAACUUUUUUCUUUUCUUUAAGAGCUUCUGGGCUCUUUCCAGCUUUGUUUUAUUGCACCUGGAUGCUGUUUUUUGGGGGGUGGGGGUAAAGAAUGUCUACUGUCCGUUGCUUUCCUUAAAACAUCUGGAUUAGCAAAAAAGUGACCAUCUGACAGGAUAAGGGAACGCCGUUGUAGCAGGCGACAUUUUCCUAGGAUCCAGAGUGCAAUAAGAGAGUGUGGGAAGCCCAACCAAAGUGUUUCAUAUCCUCCCUUUUCGUUGAGGGGGUGGUGGUGAGGGAGAUUGUGGGGGGGGUGGUAUUUCCCCCCUGCUCUUUUCAUGAUGGCGGCGAUGGUCGUCGUCAGGGAAAUCUUAAAACGUACGCCACACACGAGUCGGAAAGGUCGGAAGAGCGAACGUUUCCGACAGCCUCUGUGGAAGACUUCACAGCCAACAGCUGCUAUAGGUUUUAGGAGGAGCGGACAAUAGAGUAUAUCGCUCGCCAUUUUGUGGCCCCUUGACUUUGUUGGCGUGACGUUUUGUGAAAAGCAAUGGCUUUCCCCCACCACCAUCAUUGCCCCCUAGUGUGUGGGGGGGAGUGCGGUGGUAAAACGUUUUUUGCAGUCCCUUUAGAAUCAUCCUGUCUAAAAUUGAGUAAGGUUUACAUUUUUCCCCGCUUUAACUUUCUUGCUCAAAACCAUUGUUCUCUUUAUUAUUAUUAUUAUUAUUAUUAUUAUUAUUAAUAUUAUUAUUAUUAUUAUUGGUAGGGUUCACCAAAGCCCUAUGUCUUUUUUCUUCAGAAAAGGAAAAAAAUCUUGUGUCUUUUUAAGUUUAGACCAAAAAAAGUAAAAAAAGUUGAGCAUAUUCAAAUAAAAAACAAAUAUAAGCUUUCAUUAUUAUUUUUCUCCCCCCCCCCCAAAAAAAACUUUUUUCCCCUCUUAAGAAAUAGACCAUAUAAAGUGUUUUGGGUCACUUUGAAUGACUGGAGUUCAGACCUCCAUGCAGGAAAGACUUCCAAAUAUUCCUAAUCUCUCAACUCCCAGCCAGCAAGGUCAAUAAUAUUGGGUGAUGGGAGGUGUAUUCUGGAAAUAUAUGGAGGGCCACAGAUUAAGCGCAACCAUAUUUUGUCUUGUCACGUUACAAGAAAAGGUUCCUUCCCCAUUCUGUAUAACUUUGCCUCGCGCAAUGUCGGGCUGCUUUCUAAUACCACACACCCCUUUGUUCUAGUGUCGCCAUUUUGAUAACAGAGCACUGGUGUGGAAUGAUUAGUUCCUAAGACCACCCACCAAAAAUAUUAAUAAUCAAAAGAUGCAUUUCUUUUCCUUUUGUUCUAUUAAAAAAACAAAACACUACCGUUGGGUUGGAUACAGACUUAAGUCCUAUGGGCCUACUGACCUCAGUAGGACUAAGUCUGGAUUCAAUCUGCAGUCUGCUUUGUGGGAGGCGAUGAAAAAAAACACCAAAAUAAUGUAGCCUGUAAAUCUUCACCUUCAACCCUGUAGGAAACUUGGGAGUUCAGAGCGGGGAGAGGCUCUGAACUCUUUUAACAUCCCUUCUUGUGCUCCAAGCUGCUCACACACAUACAUGAAAUUAAAAGGAAGGUCUUUGCUGACUCCAUAAUAAAGACCCACUAGAGGUUAAUGGAUUGCAGCGCCCCUAUGUAAUAGACCAGACCUAGUUGUGUUGCAGGUGUUAGAUUAUAUGAGAUCUGUACUGCACAGCCACCAUAGAUGUUCAACAUAGAGACAUCCGUGGUGGAUUUGGUGCACAUGCCUUGCCAAAGCCAGAAAAAAGCUCUAAGCCAACACCUGUGAAUUAAUACUUUGAGGGACAUAAGGCCUCGAUCGGCGGGGUUGUUCCCACCGCCCAGGAGCCAAAGGGCACAGGUGUUGGUUUUUAUUUUAUUUUAUUUUUGAACAGCGCAAACCGACAGGGCUCGGGUCUUCCCCCGCUACCUUCCUUCUCACGUUAUCCAGGACCCUUUCCCCACACUUUCUUCUCUUGAGAUGCCCUUGGAACCAAGUCCUGAGCCAGUAAUCUGGUAUCUGAAGCCAAGAGUUGAGAUUCACUCUGCUUUAUUCCUACCUCACCCUCCAAAAAAAAAAAGCAGAAUGCCUAACUCUUUCUCGCCACACACACCCUGCUUUUCCUGUUGCAGUUACAAAGCAACAGCGGUUCUCUCCAUUCCACGCCACAGUUUGUGUGAAGGUUUUCCUCUUCCCCACCCAGCGCACUUUCCUUUCAACUGGCAACGACUACGAUUAAAAAUAGCAUUAGUGCGGCCACGGCAUCGCCCUGGUGGUCAAGACUCGUCCGAGGCACGACAGUCAGACUUUUUUGCUGAGCCAAAGGAGCAAGUGAAUUUUGAGCGGCUCCUUAACCAAGUCCUUUGUAGCACCCAUUCCCGCUUUGUGACACUUUUUUACCACUACUUUUUUUCCUUUCCGGUGGCCAAGAUGUGCGCUUAAAAGUAUUCUCUGUGGGAGGCUGGUGCUGCAGGGAAUUGCAUCUUUUGUCUGGUUGUAUACAUAGCAAGUUGCUGUUUGGUUAUUAAAUAUCCUCCUGUAGUUAUCCAAAGAGGAGCUCAAGAGUUGUGGAGAGCAAACUAUCCUAUGAUCCCGCAAAAAAAAUGUCUUUCAUCCAGUAGUUGUUGGGGGUGGGCGAGGGUAGAGGUGUUAGGCUUGAUUUGGGUUUCGUUUUGCUAAUGGUUUGAAAUUUUGGGAUCUUGGAAGUUUCAGGACCCAUUUGUUGUUGGGUGUGUGUCCCCCCUCUUGUUCAUUAAUUAUUGUUAAAGGAGCCUCCUUUUUAUUUUAUUUUUUAUUUCUUCCCCUCAGCACUUAACAUGACAAAAAGUCUGUGUACAGCGUGAGUAUUGUACAAAAAUGGGGGGAAAGUUUCUCCUUUUUCUUUCCCCCCCUUCAUCCCCCCUUUUUUCCAAAAGUAGUUGUAUAGAGUUGUGUUCCAUAUAAUACCGAAUGAUGACUUCUUUCCAAAUUGUGACAAUAAUAAUGAAAAAAAAAACCGAAUAAUACUCAAAACUUCAGGGACUGUUCAGGAC